CCUGGCGUUCCUAGAUUAGUAGGAAGAAUGACAACCCGGGGAGGACACUGCCUGAUGAUGCCAUUUCUCUUGGGAAUCAGGAAGAAUUAUGGUCUAGAGUUCCCGAUGUUAGCCAUGGAAGUAGCACUUUCUCCCAUCAUGUCUCAGGAACUGGAUUCUGUAGCUGCAGAUGCAUCUCCCAUGGUCAUUAACAUGACUCCCACCACAGAGCAAGAUGGCAGAGAAGAUGCCAUAAAAGAUCUUGAUUCCGGGCAACAGUAUGAAAAGCCUCCUCCACUUCACACGGGAGCUGACUGGAAAAUCGUUCUCCACUUGCCUGAGAUUGAGACAUGGCUGCGGAUGACAUCAGAAAGGGUCAGGGAUCUGACUUACUCGGUGCAGCAGGACUCGGACAGCAAGCAUGUGGAUGUGCAUUUGGUGCAGCUGAAAGAUAUAUGUGAAGAUAUCUCCGAUCACGUUGAACAAAUCCAUGCUCUUCUGGAGACUGAAUUUUCCCUGAAGCUCUUGUCUUACUCUGUCAACGUGAUUGUUGACAUCCAUACAGUACAACUUCUUUGGCACCAGCUUCGAGUUUCUGUCCUGGUUCUACGAGAGAGAAUUCUACAGGGACUGCAGGAUGCCAAUGGGAAUUACACCAGGCAGACUGAUAUUCUGCAAGCCUUUUCAGAGGAAACAAAGGAGGACCGCCUUGACUCUUUAACAGAAGUGGAUGACUCAGGACAGCUAACUAUCAAAUGUUCUCAGAAUUACUUGUCGCUGGAUUGUGGAAUUACUGCAUUUGAACUAUCUGACUACAGCCCCAGCGAAGACUUUCUUGGUGCGCUUGGUGACAUGACCUCCGGUCAGGCUAAAGUAAAACCAUUUGAGUCUUGGAGCUGCAGUGAAAUGGAAAAAGAUUUUCCAGAGCUUAUCAGAAGUGUUGGAUUACUGGCAGUAGCAACUGAUUCGAUUGCUUCCAAAUGUAAUGAAACCAUUAAUGCAAAAGAAAUCCAUUUACCCAUGUCAACAGACCACCAGGAGGAAGGCCAAAGUUACAAACCAUCAUUGACUCUGUCCCCUGAACUUUCACUCUCUCAUAUUUCUGGGAACUUGCCUCUUUGUAAAGUAUCAGGCCCAGAGGAUUCUGCAAACUCACUUGAUGGCAAGACUGUCUUUGAAUUAGUAAAACAGGAGCUCGAUACAUUACCCUCCGACGGUGCAAAAAGCCAACAGCAUCCUCACAGCGAAAACUCCACUCCCAAGAGAUCAAUUAGAGACUGCUUUGACUACAACGAGGAUUCUCCUACACAACCCACUGUGCCCAAACGCGGUUUGUUUCUAAAGGAAGACAUAUUUAGAACGGAUAUGGUGAUCAAUGAUAUAAAAAACCAGAUCUCCCUGAUGUUUAAGACUGAAAUGAGCAGGAGCACACCCUCGCUGUUGGAUCCACCAGACAGAUCCAAGCUUUGCCUGGCUUUACAAGCGGCAUACAACAGCUGCCCCUCUUCCAUCAGCCAGUCGUGCGAUUGCUUGCACAACAUAAGUGACCAGAAUCUCAAGUACACCAUUCAAAACCACCUGAAGGAAAAUUCCAUUGGUCUGGGGAAGCCCAGUGACAACACUAGAAGGGAGAAGCUGAGAUGCAAAAAGUCGCAUGACAUUCCCGAGGAGGUGGCAUCGUGCAGGAUAUCGAGGAUUGGAUCAAAUGCUGCGUCAACGAAUCAUUUGGCUAAAAGAGGCCUUGCUGCUUUGCAAAAUGGAAUCCCCUUUGGUAGCUUGCAGUCCAUAGAAGGAACCGAAAGUGAUUCGACCUCUGCGUCUUCUGAUCCUUGUAAACAGCAAGAACUGAAUGGCCAGUAUUGCAGUGAAAGAGAUUGCUCCGCUUCACCUGCUCGUAGCCAAGUGAGUGGCUCUUCAGCUGGUUCAGAUUCUGCGGUGUCCUCAUCUCCCGUUCUUCCAAGAAGUCAGGGCAAAAAGGCCCAUUCAUCUUCACCGAGUUACGUCAGUACGGACAGCAAAGUUGCUGGUGCCUGGUAUGGUUCCGACGAAUACUUAGCGCUUCCCUCACACCUCAGACAGACUGAAGUGUUAGCUUUGAAAUUAGAAAAUUUGACAAAACUGCUUCCUCAGAAACCUCAAGCGGAGACCAUUCAAAACAUCGACGACUGGGAACUCUCUGAAAUGAACUCGGACUCUGAGCUUUACCCGACCUAUCAGAUCAAAAAGAAGCACAAAAGGUUAGGCAGAGUUUCACCCAGCUCUUCGAGUGACAUAAUAUCCUCCGUAGGGGACAGCAUUGAAUCGGGGCCUCUUAGUGACAUUCUGUCAGAUGAAGAGCUUUGCACAUCCUCACCAAGCAUCAAAAAAUACCUGGAAGAGAGGCCGCGAAAGCCGUCAGUGACUCAGCCGGCCGAUAAAAAUGACUUGUCUCCCACAAAUAAAUCGGCUUUGAUUCAACAGCUGAUGCAGGAUAUACAAGAUCAGGAUAAUUAUGAAAUUAUAUGGGAAAAAAUGGAGGGAUUUGUGAGCAAGCUAGACGAAUUCAUCCACUGGUUGAAUGAAGCCAUGGAAACGACAGAGAACUGGACUCCUCCUAAAGCAGAGACAGACAGCCUUAAGCUCUACCUGGAAACACACUUGAGUUUUAAGCUGAAUGUAGACAGCCACUGUGCUUUGAAGGAAGCUGUUGUAGAAGAAGGACGCCAACUUCUUGAUCUUAUAGUAUCUCACAAAUCAGGACUGAAGGACAUGCUGCAGAUGAUUGCAAGUCAGUGGAAGGAACUACAGAGGCAAAUCAAACGACAACACAGCUGGAUUCUGAGGGCUCUGGGUAUCAUCAAAGCAGAGAUACUUGCUACUGAUGUGUCUGCAGAGGAUGAGGAAGGGACUGAGAGCCCCAAGGCUGAGGUUCAGCUAUGCUAUCUGGAAGCACAAAGAGAUGCUGUUGAACAGAUGUCCUUAAAGCUGUACAGCGAGCAGUACAACAGCAGUAGCAAGCGAAAGGAAGAGUUUGCGGAUAUGUCAAAAGUUCACACAGUGGGAAGUAAUGGCCUUUUGGACUUUGAUUCAGAAUACCAGGAGCUCUGGGAUUGGCUGAUUGACAUGGAAUCCAUAGUGAUAGACAGCCAUGACCUGAUGAUGUCAGAGGAGCAGCAGCUAUAUUUAUGGAAGAGGUACAGUGUAGAAAUGUCAAUCAGACACCCCAAAAAGAUGGAAUUGCUGAGUAAAGUUGAAGCUUUGAAGAGAAGUGGUGUUUUACUACCCAGCGAUCUCCUUGAAAAAGUGGAUUCAAUUAAUGAAAAAUGGGAACUGCUUGGGAAAACCCUCGGAGAGAAGAUGCAAGACACAAUGGUAGGACACAGUGGGCUAGGUGCACGUGACCUGCUUUCGCCUGAAAGUGGAAGCCUGGUAAGGCAGCUGGAGGUCAGGAUCAAAGAGCUGAAAGGGUGGCUGAGAGAUACCGAGCUUUUUAUCUUCAAUUCCUGUCUGAGGCAAGAAAGCGAAGGAACAAUGAAUGCUGAGAAACAACUGCAAUACUUUAAGUCUCUCUGUUGCGAAAUUAAGCAGAGACGCCGAGGCGUGGGCUCAGUGUUGCGUUUGUGCCAGCACCUCCUUAAUGACCAGGAUACCUGUAAUCUGAACGCAGAUCACCAGUCAAUGCAGCUGAUAAUUGUGAAUCUUGAAAGGAGGUGGGAAGCCAUCGUCAUGCAAGCUGUCCAGUGGCAAACUAGACUGCAGAAGAAGUUGGCAAAGCAUUCAGAAUCCCUGAAUGUUAUCGAUCCAAGCUUAAUGGAGCUGAAUGGUACAAAUGAAGAUGCACUAGAAUGGGAUGAAAUGGAUAUAAGUAAUACGUUGAUUAGCGUUAAUGAGGAAUUCAAUGAGCUUGAUCAAGAACUGAAUCAAGAUGACACAAAACUGAACUCUCCCUAUGAAGCAUGUGGUAAUAACGACCGUCCCAAACAGGAGGAAAAUCCCACUGUACAUGAAAAUUGCCUCAGCAGCCCAAGCAUUACAGCAUCUCCAGGUCCACAAGUCUACCAAGUGUACAGCCUUCACAAUGUAGAGCUAUCAGGGGGAAAUCAUAUAUCUCUUAUGAAAAAGACAUCCAAAUCCUCCACAAUUACACACUUGGACACUUUAAAGAAGCAUGCGAAUAAGAACUCUUUGUUGUCACCAACCAAACAUUUGCCAGAACUAAUGGGCAGCACCACUUUGACAAGCCCACAGAAUUAUAUGUAUCACAGUGGAAAUGUAAGUAGGCAUUCUGACAGUCAGAAUAAAACAGUCAAUGGAAGUGAGGCAGAAGCUACCCAAAAUCCUGAUGUCCAUUUGCAAAAUGAGACCGAUAGAAAGCAGGAUAAUUCUGUGACUAGUAUUUCAGAUUCCCAGUUAGGGAAUAUAGUUGAUGUGAUAAAACAAAAUUUAAAGCAGGAGGAUGGGGAGAUCCAUUUUAAUUUCUUAAAUACUUCCCAGUCAAAGUCCAGCAACAGAGCUAAAAACCUGGGCAGCAUCACCCAAGAGGGCUCUGAGGGUUCAGAAGAGUUGCAGCAAGGAAAACACAAUGUCUUUACAUUUUAUGACUAUUCAUACCUUCAGGGUUCCAAAUUCAAGCUACCAAUGAUAAUGAAACAAUCAAACUCAGAAAAAGCACAUAAGCAGGGUAGUUUGCUUCAUGGGUUUUAUUUUGAUAAAGUCCCCUUGAAAUCUGAACAUCAACCUUUAGAGUUCAAGCCACUUGUAUCUACAGAUGAGAUUGCUUUCUCAACCAACUUGGAUGAUGGAGACCCCAAACGCUGUGAAUUUGUGGAGGAUUUGAAGAAACUGAGCGACCCAACAAAUACAAAGCUGUGCCCAACUUUAUCUCAUAGCUCUUCUUUAGACUCCCUUUCAGUGACAAAUGAGUUGUUUGGCUCAACUGUUUUUAGAAGUGGAGAUGGGCUUCAUCGUAGCACAUCCUUGGAGAGUUGCCUAACGCCCUACAAAAGCAAUGAAGAUCUUUUUAGUUGCAAUGGCUCUGGAGACCUAAGUGGAAGUAGUGAUUCAGUUGGGGAACUUAGCAAAAGGACCUUAGACCUUUUGAAUCGUCUAGAAAAUAUCCAGAGCCCUUUAGACCAAAAAAUAAAGCGUAGCAUCUCUGAUAUCACACUCCAAAGCACUUCUCAAAGAAUGUCCUUGGCUGGCCAGUUGUCAUUGGAUAUUGCGUCCUCUAUCAAUGAAGAUUCACCGGCUUCUCUCACUGAGCUAAGCAGCAGUGAUGACCUGUCUUUGUGCUCUGAAGAUAUUGUACUGCACAGAAAUAAAGCACCGGAUUCAAAUGCAUCAUUCAGAAAACACCUCAGUCGGUCGGUAGCUGAUGAGAGUGAUGUCAACGUUAGCAUGAUUGUUAAUGUUUCCUGUACCUCCGCUUGCACUGAUGAUGAAGAUGAUAGUGAUUUGCUAUCAAGUUCUACUCUCACCUUGACUGAGGAAGAGCUAGGCAUUAAAGAUGAAGAUGAUGAUUCUAGUAUUGCAACUGAUGAGGAUAUUUAUGAAGACUGCAAUUUAAUUUCAGGACUUGACUACAUAAAGAAUGAACUCUACACUUGGAUCAGACCAAAAUUUAAUCUGACAAAGGAGAAGAGAAAGUGCAAUCUGGAUGAUGAAAUCCAGGGCUGUAAGAAUUUAAGAAGUAAUGAGACUUUGAAAGCAAAAGAUUCAUUGAGCAUUGAAAAAUUCUUGAAUGAUUCCAUACGCAAGCUUUCAAAAAAUAAUGGCAACAGUAAGAACACAUCAGAGAGCCAUGAUGAGUCAGGGACAAAAAGGCAAAUGAAAAAUGAUGGCUUUCAAGUUUCCAAAGAUCACUUUGUGGAUGACAUGGAGAAUGGAAAUGUUACUAUUACUCAAGAAAGUCCAAAGGAAGAACAUAUUCAAAUUUCAACUGCUGCCAUGAAUGUUAGCCCACUUAGUAAAGGAAGUGAAAAUGAAUGUUGUAUCUGUGAAGCAUUUACUGAUAGUUCGGAUGAUUCACAUAUGGAUGGUAAAGAGCCAGCUCAAUUGUCAAAAAUAUCCAGCUCUCAGAAAGAAUAUAAAAAACAUAUUCAAUUUGAAGGCCAUUCUAUUAUAAAACCUUUUACAGAAUUUGACUCAGAUAUGAAAAGUUCAGAUAUGGCAUUACCAAAAUUGCUACCAAAUGAUCAACAAAGCAGAACAGGAAUUAGUGAACAUGGUGGAGAUUGCUGUGCAUCUUUAAAAUCAAAUGAAGCAGAAAUAAAUGCAUCAGAUGGCUGUAGUGAUUCAUGUUGUAGCUGUGAAACUGCUGCUUUUGAUAAAAGAAAUGAGGAGGAUUGUUCAGUGCACAACUUUGUGAUGGAGAUAAUUGACAUGGCCUCAACAGCCUUAAAGAACAAGUCUCAGCCUGAAAGUGAACCAGCUGUUCCACAUUCAUUAGCCCAGAUCAGGGAAAAGGUUCUAGAACAUUCUCACAGGCCCAUUCAACUUAGAAAGGGUGAUUUUUAUUCAUACCUCUCACUUUCUUCUCAUGACAGUGACUGUGGGGAGGUAACUAAAUACGUUGAAGAAAAGACCAGCACUCCAGUCCCUCUAGACUUUGCAGAAAAUAUUGAAUGCUUUUUUGAAGCCUGUCCUGAAGAUGAACGAGUGGAACAGCAGGGAUAUCUUCCUGACAGUGAAGUGGAAGUAAAAUACGAAGCCCUGGAUUUAAAAGAUGAACCUAAAACAUCUGCUGAAUGUAGUGGCUUUUCUUUCUUAAGUGAGGAGAUGGACAUUGGCAUGCCUGGCUCUCUUAGCCAGAUGAUAUCAGAUAAUUUAAGUUAUGAUAGUGAAUCUUUGAAUUUGGACAUCCCUAAUGAAUGUCCAGUCUUGAAUUCCUUCCCAAAUAACUCUAAAGAAAAUCAUCCCAGAGAGCCACUUGGGAUCGCAAAGUCUGAAGAAGGUUUUGCUUCCUCAGCUGAAGCCAUUCAAUUAACGCCUGACCACUUGAAAGAGAAGGAUGCUUUGCACCAGGACACUAAAACUCUUACAUGUGAAGAAAACCUCCUGCAUCUUCACAAAGAAAGGCACAUAAAUACACAGAGGUAGAAUGUAUUCCUCCAUGGACACACAUGUUGUUUCAUAAAGAGGUAGGUACUGAACACUAUGAGCUUUGCUUAUUGCUGACAUGACUAUAAUGAAGCAGAAAAUGUGUGGCCUUUCAGAGUUUUUCAGUAGAUCAUAGCAUUAUGUCUUUUGAAUUAAAAACCAUUCCAGGUCACUUCUUUUAUGUUUAAGAUACAGAUACAGACUCAGAUAAGCAAGCAUCAGCUGAGAAUGGCAAAUAUGCAUUCAAAUCACUACCUUUAUUUAUCAAGAUUCACAAAGCUGAUCCCUAGCUGAUCACUUCACAUAUUUCCUUCUCUGUGAAAAGCAGCUAGUUAAAUACUAUUUUCAGCUGAUGUGGACAGCAUUCAUUUUGUACUUUGGCUCAAUCUGUGCUCACAAAAAGAAAGUAAGAACUGACUCUUGUGUGAUUCAGACUUGUUGGUUGCAUUUCCUCAGAUGUUUGUACUAUGCAAAAUUACCCAAUGAAUCCAAGAGAGAUCAGUAGCUAUCUUCUUUCUGCAAUGCAGCAGUUAUCACUGGAAGCAGAUUCAAAAGAGAUGCAAUACUGUCCCACUAUGUUGGGAAAAAGGAAGAUGGGAGAAACUAAGUGUUACACCUACUAUAUUCUGGGCUUUCCUCGACAGCCCCUUGCUUCCUAUCUGGGUAACUCUGCUCAGAGACAGCAAACUAGUCCACACUAUGAGGGUGAAUAUAGCUGAUUCUGCCUCUGUUGAUGGGGAAGGAAAGUUAAGAGGAAAGGAUCUCCACUUGCUCUCUUGGUUCUAGGUUACCCAACUCACUACAGCCUUCUGCAGGCAUUCAGGAAAAUGGUUUAACACAUUUGCGGAGGGCAGGGGAUAGCAAUGAGUGCACUAGGUCCCUACCCUCGUCCCCAUCCACAUCUGUGAGUUGGAUUGUGGCUGUCUAUAUUGGAGUGUUUCCUGUAAUCUUGGAGGCUUCCUGUGUGAUGUAGAUCACUGUAAAAAGCAGGGUUCCACAUCACACAGGAAGCCUACAUAAGUGGAAGCACUCUGCAACUCAACAAGUACACUUGUUCCUGUUCUCCGCUCUGUCACACACAUUAAAU